CAGCAUAACAGAAGCAUUUGUUUGCGAGCUCUCAAAGUUGAACUCAGCGCCGGCCGCGAGCUCACCACAGCAUAUUACUAUCAUAGCAGCGCAGCGCAAUAUGGGGGAACGCAAGCCGGCCAGCGACCGGCGAUCCGGCCGCUGCCAGCAUUACUACUACCACUGCCGGCCGGCAAACACCAUCACCCCCCUCGCCUUCGUCCUCCUCGUCACCGGCGCGCUGUUCCUCAUCCUCGGCCCGACCAACUCCUCCCUCACUCUCCCCGCACUCCGCGUCCAGUUCAGCAACCCCAUCCACAUCGCCGCCGCCGAAUCUCCCCAACCGCCUCCCGAAGCCGGCAACAACACCGCGACAACCGUCGACGACGGCGACGAGGAUGCGGGCCUCCCGCCGGCCCGGCAGCUGACGGACCCGCCCUACUCGCUGGGCCGCACCAUCCUGGGUUACGACGCGCGCCGGUCCGCGUGGCUCGCCGCGCACCCGGAGUUCCCGGCCCGCGUGCCGCCCGCAGGCCGGCCCAGGGUGCUGCUCGUGACCGGGUCGGCCCCGUCCCGGUGCCCCGACCAGGACGGCGACCACCUGCUGCUGCGCGCGUUCAAGAACAAGGCGGACUACUGCCGCGUCCACGGCCUCGACGUCUUCUACAACACGGCGUUCCUGGACCCCGAGAUGUCCGGCUUCUGGGCCAAGCUGCCGCUGCUGCGGUCCAUGAUGCUGGCCCACCCUGAGGCGGAGUUCCUCUGGUGGGUGGACUCCGACGCGGUGUUCACGGACAUUCUCUUCGAGCUCCCCUGGGACCGGUACGCGGGGCACAACCUCGUGCUCCACGGCUGGGAGGCCAAGGUGUACGAGGAGAAGCACUGGGUCGGGAUCAACACCGGCAGCUUCCUCAUCCGCAACUGCCAGUGGUCGCUGGACCUCCUGGACGCGCUGGCGCCCAUGGGGCCCCGAGGCCCCGUGCGGGACAUGUACGGGGAGCUCUUCGCCAAGGAGCUCACGGGCCGGCCGCCGUUCGAGGCGGACGACCAGUCGGCGCUCGUGUACCUGCUGGUGACGCAGCGGGAGCGGUGGGGCGACAAGGUCUUCUUCGAGAACUCGUACGACCUCAACGGCUUCUGGGAGGGGAUCGUGGACAGGUACGAGGAGAUGCGGAGCAAAGGCCGCGGCGAGGGCAAGUGGCCCCUCGUCACGCACUUCGUCGGGUGCAAGCCGUGUCGCCGGUACGUGGACAGCUACCCGGCGGAGAAGUGCCGCCUCGGGAUGGAGCGCGCGUUCAACUUCGCCGACGACCAGAUCCUCAAGCUCUACGGGUUCGCGCACGAGUCGCUCAACGGCACCGCCGUGCAGCGCGUCGGGAAUGACACCGGCGGGCCGCUGGACGCGGACGACGGCGAGCUCGCCCGGCUGUUGCACCCCACGUUCAGGGCCGCCGUGCCAACGUAGACGGCCACACUGGCCUGCGAUGUUAUUCUGUUUUGUCGUCCUUUGGCUUGUUUUUCAAAUUCUUUUUCCACGUAUUUUUCUCAUCGUUACCGGAGCGCCUGCUUAAUUGCUUGGAAGCCGUCAAAUGCGAAGUGCCGCAACAUAUGCACUAUAGAAAAAGGAGCACUGCUAGAAGCGUGUAAUAAUACUCGGAAAUCCAUUACAGACC